AUGAAGUUGAGAGAAAAUGUGAGGAGAAGAAUGAGGGAGAAAAAAAAUCAAGAGAGUGGGUAUGUUCCUACAAUUCCAUUCCCUCAAAGGUUGAAAAAGCAAGAACAAGCGAAGCAAUUUGCAAGAUUUCUUGAUGUCUUUAAGAAGCUCCACAUUAAUAUUCCAUUUGCUGAAGCAUUGGAGCAAAUGCUAAGUUAUGCUAAAUUCAUGAAAGACUUAUUGUCUAAGAAAAGGAAACUUCAAGAAGAUGAAACAAUUAUGCUCACAGUGGGUAAGGCAUUGUGUAACCUUGAAGCAAGUAUCAAUUUGAUGCCUUUGUCCAUUUUUAAAAGGUUGGGUAUUGGAGAAGUGAAGCCAACUAUGAUAACUCUACAAUUGGAAAAUUGUUCAAUGACUUAUCCUUAUGGAAUUGUGGAAGAUGUCUCAGUGAAGGUGGAUAAAUUUAUCUUUCCAUCUGAUUUUGUGGUUCUUGACAUGGAGGAAGAUGCUAAAGUCCCAAUGGAACAAGGUGAAUUGAUGUUAAGAGUAGGAGAUGAAAAAGUCACAUUCUCUAUAAAUGAAGUAGUGAAACAUAAAUUGGACAAAGAGGAUUGUUUCAAGGCUGAAAUAAUUGAGUCUUUUGUGUUAGAGGAGGUAUACUACCAUCUAAGGAAGAAUACAUUAGAUAGAGCUCUACUGUCAAGAAUGGAAGCAAAAGAGUUAAGUACAAAAAUUAAUGAUGAAGAGGUAGUGAAGUAUGCUCAUCAAUUAGAACUCCUCAAGCCAUUAGUCCACAAGGGGGAUAGAAGACCUACACAAGAGUGA